UGGCGCAAAGGUGCUGGAUGACUCUGGUGAUCUAGAACAGGGGCUGGAGGGGUUUGGUGAUAUCAUUGUGCACCGGGUGACACAGAUGGGUGUGAAGCCUUGCCGCUACAUUGAGGGGGGGCGCAGCUACGAGCUGAGUCCUGGGCUGGCCCGCCGGCUUCUGCGGCUGGACGAGAAGCUGUACGAGUGCCCUGAAUGUGGCAAGAGCUUCAACCAGAGCUCCAAUCUGCACCGGCACCAGCGCACGCACACUGGUGAGCGCCCCUUCCACUGUGGCGACUGUGGCAAGAGCUUCAGUGAGAGCUCCUACCUCAUCCGGCACCAGCGCACCCACACUGGCGAGCGCCCCUACAAGUGCCCAGCCUGUGGCAAGGCCUUCUCCCGCAGCUCCCACCUGGCGCGGCACCAGCGCACCCAUACUGGCGAGCGCCCCUACCCCUGCACCGACUGUGGAAAGCGCUUUGGGCUCAGCUCCGACCUGGCCACACAUCGCCGCACCCACACAGGUGAAAAGCCGUUCCGCUGCACCGACUGUGGCAAGGCCUUCUCACGCAGCUCCCACCUAGUACAGCACCAGCGCACCCACACUGGGGAGCGGCCCUACCACUGCGCCCAGUGCGGCAAGAGUUUCUGCCACGGCUCCAACCUGCUGCAACACCAGCGGACGCACCGCGGUGAGCGCCCCUACCGGUGCCAGCAGUGUGGCAAGGCCUUCAGCCUCAGCUCCAAUCUGAUCCGCCACCAGCGCAUCCACACUGGUGAGCGCCCCUAUCGUUGCACCGACUGUGGACGCAGCUUUGUACUGAGUUCUGACCUCCUGCAGCACCACCGCGUGCACACAGGCGAGCGUCCCUAUCAGUGUCCUGACUGCGGCAAGGCCUUCUCACGCGCCGCCCACCUGGCCCAGCACCGCCGCACCCACACAGGCGAGCGCCCCUCACACUGCCAUCCAACUCCAUCAAGCCCCAGAGCACCCACUUGCAUGGCUGGCAGCCUGGCUGGCCACACACAGAAGGUGGGGAAGGCCCCCAAGAUGGCGGGGCCAGCAAGGAGGUGGAGAGGCAGGCACAGCCUUAGCGCACAGCAGUGCUUGGAGCAUGGGACCUACUACACACAAGAAUCCAUUAUUGCCAUCCUCCUAGCCAGAUCACUUGGAUGAAGUGAGAACCUAUUAAACACCAUGGAACCCUGCUCCGGAUGCUGCCGGGAACCUAUUAAAUGUUGCGGACCCUACUGCUGCUUUAAGAGCCACAUCACAACCCACAAUGUAUUGUACAUCAGACUAUGCUGCAAUAGGGUUCAUAACCACCCAGCCUAUCAAGCAUCCAGCAACUCAACCCUGGCUCCAGCACAGUCCUUUGGGCUUGUUUAAGUUGGCCUGGUUUAGAAGCAAGUUUUUUGGGCCUGGUGCAAACAUGAUCUCAGCGACCUGCAGGUGAGAGCAGCCAA